AUGGUGUUGAUCGACAAGCACGAGUACCUCACCGAAGAGGAGAAGCGCCUGAAGGAGGACCGCGAGCGCACGAGGUACUGGAAGCGCUGGGGCCCGUACGUGGCCGAGCGACAAUGGGCGACCGUGCGCGAAGACUAUUCGGCGGACGGUGACGCCUGGAGUUACUUUUCGCAUGAGCAUGCUCGGUCGCGCACCUAUCGCUGGGGCGAGGAUGGCAUCGCCGGUGUCUCGGACACCCACAACUUGCAGAACAUCGCGUUCGCAUUCUGGAACGGAGAGGAUGAUUUCCUGAAAGAGCGUCUUUUUGGCCUGUCGAAUCCGCAGGGCAACCAUGGUGAGAGUAUCAAGGAAGCCCAUUUCCAUGUCGACAACACCCCGACGCACUCCUAUAUGAAAUUUCUCUACAAAUACCCCCAGAAGAAAUUCCCCUACCAGCAAUUGAUUGACGAGAACGCCCGCCGAGACCGCACGGAGCGCGAAUACCAGAUCCUCGACACGGGCGUGUUCGAUGAAAACCGGUAUUGGGACAUUUUCAUCGAGACGGCCAAGGAGGCCGACGAUGAGGACGAACUGCUCUUUCGGGUCAUCGCGUACAACCGGGGGCCCGAGCCCGCCCCGUUGCACAUUGUGCCGCACGUCUGGUUCCGCAAUACCUGGUCCUGGGGCUACGAGGAGCAGGGCAAGAAGCCAUCCAUCAAGAAGGAUGGGUCGCUGGUGGUGAAAUCUCACCACGACAAGCUCGGGGAUCGGUAUGCCUGCUUUGCACCGUCGCCGCCCGUCGGGUCGAGCGAUGUAGAUGUCCAGCCGCGCAUGCUGUUCACGGAGAACGAAAGCAAUAACACGAAAUUGUGGGAUCAGCCAAACGAUCAGCCAUACGUCAAGGAUGCCUUUCACCGUCACAUUGUCGAUGAGGAGAAAGGAGCCGUCAACCCGGCCAACGAGGGCACGAAAUUUGCGGCGUGGUACGCCUUUGACAACGGCCAGGAAGUGCCGCCAGGCGAGUGUGCUGUCGUUCGCUUCCGCUUCUCCCGGAAAAAGGAGGGAUUUGUCGACGAAGAAAAGCUGGACAAUGUGAUCGAGCAGCGCCUUGCCGAGGCGGACGACUUCUACUAUCGCAUCAACCCACUGCCCAUGAGCGAGGAUUUGCGCAAUAUCCAGCGCCAGGCCUUUGCGGGCAUGAUGUGGACGAAGCAGUACUACCACUUCGUCUGGGAUCAAUGGAGCAAUGGAGAUCCGGCGGAAAUUCCGCCUCCGCCGGGGCGCAAGGACAUACGUAACCAGCAGUGGCGUCAUAUGCACCUCGACGAUAUUCUGUCAAUGCCGGAUUCGUGGGAGUACCCAUUCUUUGCGGCAUGGGAUACGGCGUUCCACUGCAUCCCGCUGGCGAUGAUCGAUCCCGACUUCGCCAAGAAGCAGCUGGACCUCUUGACGCGCGAAUGGUACAUGCACCCGAACGGCCAGCUGCCAGCCUAUGAGUGGAACUUUGGCGAUGUGAACCCGCCCGUGCACGCGUGGGCCGUGUUCCGUACCUUCAAGAUCGAGCGCAAGAUGUACGGUCGACAGGAUCUGGACUUCUUGGAGCGUGUUUUCCAGAAAUUGUUGCUGAACUUCACGUGGUGGGUGAACCGCAAGGACUCCGAUGGUAAGAAUGUGUUCGAGGGUGGCUUCUUGGGUCUGGAUAAUAUUGGUCUCUUUAAUCGCUCGGAGCCCCUGCCCACAGGUGGUGUUCUGGAGCAGGCUGAUAGUACGGGCUGGAUGGCGUUUUACUGCUUGUGCAUGCUCAAUAUUGCAUUGGAGUUGGCUAAGCAUCGACGUACAUAUGAAGACAUUGCAUCCAAGUUCUUUGAGCACUUCAUCCUCAUUAGCGACGCGAUGACUUUCCGAUCUGGAGAGGAUAAUAUCAAGUCCCUUUGGAAUGAAGAAGACAACUUCUACUACGAUGCCAUCUCUUAUGGGGGACCGUGGACCCAACAGCUACCCGUGAGGUCACUAGUGGGUCUGAUUCCGCUGUAUGCAGUGCUCACCCUGGAGCCGGAGCUCAUCAACAAGUUCCCGUCGUUCAAGCGCCGACUGAACUGGUUCAUUGAGAACAAGGCGGAUGUCGCCGAACGCAACAUCGCGAGCAUUAAAAAGCGCGGGAAGGAUGAGCGGUUGCUCCUGUCGCUCGUGAGCAAGGACCGACUGGAGAUGAUCCUGAAGCGCAUGCUCGACGAGACCGAGUUCCUGUCAGAACACGGCAUCCGCUCCAUGUCCAAAUACCACGAGGAGCACCCUUACUCCAUGGACGUUAAUGGCCAGACCUUCAAGGUGGGGUAUGUGCCUGGCGACUCAGAUAGCGCUCUGUUCGGGGGAAACAGCAAUUGGCGCGGACCAAUCUGGCUGUGUGUCAAUUUCCUGUUGGUUGAAUCGCUGCUCCGCUUUUACAUGUUCUAUGGCGAUUCGUUCAAGGUCGAGUGCCCCACGGGCUCGGGCGAUUACAUGCACCUGGGCCAUGUGGCGGAGGAGAUCCAGCACCGGCUGCAGCAUCUGUUUGCUCGCAACGAUGAGGGCCGUCGCGCCGUCAAUGCCCAUUCGGACCUGCUCGACUUCGAUGAGCACUGGAAGGACGUCUUGUGGUUCCAUGAGUUCUUUGACGGCGAUACCGGCCGCGGUCUGGGCGCGUCGCACCAGUGCGGCUGGACUGGGUUGAUCGCUAAGGUGAUUCAUGACACGGGCAUCAACUGCCGUCUCCCGCAAACCCCACGCUCCCCCUUCGCCACGGCAUCCCACUACUUCGACGAUAUCUUCUCGCGCACCGGCCGCCCGCAAACUCCGGGACGCAGUGUGCGCCGGUCGUCCAUUACCCGAUCAAUUGGCAACCGGAGCGACUUCAACUCAACGAUCGCAGGAGAUAUGACACCCGCUGCAUCGUCGACUCUGGACGACGACUUCACCACUAGUCCGCAGAGUCGCCGCGGCAGCAACGCCCCCGGAUUGGAUGGUGAUGACGAGCAUUUGAAUCACUAUGUGGAAAGCCAGCUGCAGCGAGUGCGCAGCUCGGCGUCGAUGGCGGCGUAUGAAGAUGAGUUUGCGACCAAGGCCGAGAAGGAGAAUGGGGCUUGA